AUGCCUGAGUGUGGAAAGAUCUUCAGUCAUGAUACUUGUCUCAGCGGAAGACCCGGGAAUCCCCAGAGAAUCCAGGAGGGAGGAAAGAAAUAUCAGUGCCCGGAAUGUAGAAAAUCUUUCAGAAGUAAUGGAGAUCUCGAAAGGCAUCUAAGAAUCCAUUCAGGAGAGAAACCAUUUAAAUGCCAGGAAUGUGGAAAGAGCUUCAGUCAAAUGGGACACCUUUAUGUACAUCAAAGGAUCCAUUCAGGAGAGAAACAGCAUAAAUGCCUGGAAUGUGGAAAGAGCUUCAGUCAGAGAGGAAACCUUUAUGUACAUCAAAGGAUCCAUUCAGGAGAAAAACCGUAUAAAUGCCUGGAGUGCGGAAAGACGUUUAUUUAUGCUGGAAGCCUGCGUACACAUCAAAGGAUUCACACGGGAGAAAAACCAUAUACAUGUCUGGAGUGUGGAAAGAGCUUCAGUCAGACAGGACACCUGUAUGCACAUCAAACAAUGCACACUGGAGAGAAACAGCAUAAGUGUCUGGAGUGUGGAAAGUGCUUCAGUCAGAGGGGACACCUUUAUACACAUCAAAGGAUUCACACAGGAGAAAAACCAUAUAAAUGUCUGGAGUGUGGAAAGACCUUCAGUCAUACAGGACAUGUUUAUGCACAUGAAAGAAUUCACUUAGCAGAGAAACAGUAUAAACACCUAGAGUGUGGAAAGAGCUUCAGUGAGAGAACAGAUGGAAGAUUUGGGAAUCCCCAAAGAAUCCAGGAGGGAGAAAAGAAAUAUCAAUGCACAGAGUGUAAAAAAUCCUUCAAAAAUAAUGGAGAUCUUGAAAACCAUCAAAGAAUCCACACAGGAGAAAAACUAUUUACAUGCCCGGAGUGUGGAAGGAGCUUCAGUCAGAGAGCAAACCUUUACACUCAUCUAAUAAUCCAUUCCGGAGAGAAACCAUAUAAAUGUCUGGAAUGUGGAAAGAGCUUCUGUCAGAGAGGAAAUCUUUAUAUACACCAACUAAUUCACACUGGAGAAAAACCGUAUAAAUGCCUGGAGUGUGGAAAGAGGUUUAUUCACGCUGGAAACCUCCAUAAACAUCAAAGGAUUCAUACAGGAGAAAAACCGUAUAAAUGUUUGGAGUGUGGAAAGAGCUUCAGUCAGACAGGACACCUUUAUGCACAUCAAAGGAUUCACACAGGAGAAAAACCAUAUAAAUGUCUGGAGUGUGGAAAGAGCUUCAGUCAGACAGGACACCUUUAUGCACAUGAAAGAAUCCACUUAGGAGAGAAACAGCAUAAACACCUGGAGUGUGGAAAGAGCUUCAGUGAGAGGAGAACAGACGGAAAACUUGGGAAUCCCCAAAGAAUCCAAGAAGGAGAAAAAUAUCAAUGCACAGAAUGUGAAAAAUCCUUCAAAAGGAAUGGUGAUCUUGAAAAGCAUGUAAGAAUCCACACAGGAGAAAAACCUUAUAAAUGCUUUGAGUGUGGAAAGAGCUUCAGUCAUAGGUGCAGCCUUUAUGUACAUCAAAGGAUCCACUCAGGAGAGAGACCGUAUAAAUGCCUGGAAUGUGGAAAGCAUUUCAAUAAUGGAGGAACUCUGUAUAGACAUCACAUGAUUCACACAGGAGAAAAACCAUAUAAAUGCCUGGAGUGUGGAAAGAGCUUCAAUCGGAGAGAAAACCUUUACAAACAUCAAAGGAUUCACAUGGAGAAAAAACGAGAAAAGAAAGGAGAAAAGAAAAACGAAUGCCCGGAAUGUGGAAAAACCUUCAGAAGAAUUGACCAUUUUCAAAGCCAUCUAAGAAUCCACUCUGGAGAAAAGAAAUACGAAUGCACAGACUGUGAAAAACCCUUCAACUCAAAUGGAGAUCUUGAAAAGCAUCUAAGAAUCCACCCAGGAGAAAAACCUUAUCAAUGCGUGGAAUGUGGAAAGAGCUUCGGUCAUAUGAGCAGCCUUUACGUACAUCAAAGGAUCCACACUGGAGAGAAACCGUUUAAAUGCCUGGAGUGUGGAAAGAGCUUCAGACAUAGGAACAGCCUUUACGUACAUCAAAGGAUCCACUCAGGAGUAAAACCGUAUAAAUGCCUGGAGUGUGGAAAGAGCUUUAUUGAUGGUGGAAACCUCUAUAAACAUCAAAGGAUUCACAAGGAUCCACAUAACAAAAACCAUAGGAAUGCUUGGGAGUGUGGAAAGAGCUUUACUGUGAUUGGACAGCUCCGCAAAAAUCAAAUGAUCUACACUGGAGAAAAACCACAUAAAUGUCUGGAGUCUGGAAAAAGUUUCUCUGUUUAUAAUCUCGUUACUAUUUUUAGUUUCAUUGUUGCGUCAUUGGUCCCCCAUGUGUAA